GGUUGCAUUCGAUUUGUGUCUGGCAUUUCGGUUGGUGCAUUCCAGUGACUCCUAGCGAGACAAAAGAUUUCUUAUCAUCGUCCGUGAAAUAGUGAUCCGUUCAAACCCUGGGAAAAGCCCUGGUUUUGAUUGACGACAUCAAUCGUUCCGCAAAAAAUAAUUGAAGAUUUUAUUUCAUUAUCCAAAGCGAGAGAUAAUUAGCUCAUUUGAAGUUACCCACUGUCGGCGCUGAGAACCCUUUUCCAAACGAUAAGAAAUUUGCAUAAAUCAACCAGUUGUACGUUCGGGCGGUGCAAACGGAGAAAGACAGUUGCGAAACCUGAGACGAAUCUUUUUUUUCGGCAGCAAAGUGUGUGUGUGUUAGGUGUAUAAGAAGAACCGGAAGAUACGAGAAACUGUGAAUCUGAUCAACGAUAAACUGAUUUUCGCUGCCGAUUACUUUUUGGAGAAAAAGUUUGGGAUUUCGGACGUUCCUGAUUUAUUAGAAUUCAGCCCAAUAAAUUGUAAGGAUUAUAAAACUUCUAACUGACUCGUUAAACAACAGAAAUCAACAAGCAUGUCCAUCUCCGAAUUCCGCAAGAAGAAGCUGUUGUACGUCUUCAACGUUUUCUUUGAUGUCAACCAGAGUGGAGAAAUAGAUCAGAAGGAUUUUGAGCUUGCGAUAGAGAAAAUUUGCGAGCUUCGUGGUUGGCCAGCUGGAAAUCCCAAAAAUGCGGAAACUCAUGAAAACAUGCUAAAAAUUUGGGAAGGACUACGAGCCAAGGCGGAUAAGGAUAACGAUGGUCAGGUUUCAGUGGAAGAAUGGUGCAAAAUGUGGGACGAAUAUGCACGCGAUCCAAACUCCGUUCUUGAUUGGCAACUGAGGUACAUGAACUUUAUGUUCGAUCUGGAGGACGCAUCAACUGAUGGCAGCAUCGAUGCGGAGGAGUUUUCAAUCGUGUGUUCCAGUUACGGUCCCGAUAAAAACGAGUGUCAAGAGGCCUUCCGGAAAAUGUCCCAGGGUGCUGAAGAAGUCGACCGAGAGCAGUUUGCCGUAUUGUGGCGUGAGUAUUUCUCAUCGGAUGAUCCUGCAGCGCCUGGAAACUUCAUUUUUGGCCGAACGGCAUUUUAACGUGCAUUAGUUAGUUUUAGGAGCGACGAAAGCGUAUAGUUGGUUUUGUUCCCUUUGAAACUUUUCUGCUGUUAACACUUCUAAGAACCGGCGGAGAAAAUAGAAUACUCAACAAAUCGCUCAAAACACGAAACCCAGUUUCAAUUAUAUCGAUGUAGAGGGUGUUUCCGUUUUUCGUUGAAUUCAAUGGUAUACAGAAAUCGAAAUUGAUAAAAAUAAAUCACGAAACCAACUCCUAAACCACACACUAGAGAUAACGUUCGACGGGAGGAAGUGAAGUUAUUUGGGAAUUCAUUUCGAAAACAUCCAUCAGAAAAUACGUCCAGCAGAUGGUGCUCCGGGAGGUGCGCGAGAUUUUCCGUUAUUAAGUGACGGUACGGGUCAUGAAUAGCAAAAUCAAGCGCGAUGACACGGAACAAACGCAGAAUGGAAUGCACCAGCAGAAAAACGAAGAUUCUGCUUUGUGGGAGGGGAUUAUAGGAGACCUUAGGGAGUGUGGUACGAAAAAGUAGAGUUGAGAUGCAGCAGAGUGCCAGAAACAAAUAGUCCCCUGCUGCGAUCCUGAGCGGUCG